GUGACUGAAGAGAACGCAUUUUUUCCUGAACCGUCCUGAGCACCUUGUAUUAAUAUAUCCUAUCGCCAUUGUUAGACAUGGCUAGCAUCCUUGCACGCAUGGGUAACAGCCGGGGGCAGAACUCGCCCUUGCCACCUUGGGCUCAUUCCAUGCUGAGGUCCCUGGGGAGGAGUCUUGGUCCUUUAAUGGCCAACAUGGCAGACAGAAACAUGAGGAUGUUCUCUGGGAGGGCAGAGCCAGCACCAGGUGAAGAAACCUUUGAUAACUGGCUGAGCCAGGUCACUGGGGUCCUGCCUGAAUGGCAUAUGCCUGAGGAAGAAAAGGUCAGACGCCUAAUGAAAACCCUUAGGGGCCCUGCCCGGGAGGUCAUGCGUUUGCUCCAUGCUGCCAAUCCUACUCUAAAUGUGGCAGAUUUUUUGCGGGCCAUGAAACUGGUCUUUGGGGAGUCUGAGAGCAGUGUGACAGCCCAUGGUAAAUUUUUCAACACUGUGCAGUCACAUGGAGAGAAACCAUCCCUGUAUGUGAUCCGUUUAGAGGUGCAGCUGCAGAAUGCUAUCCAGGCAGGGGUCUUUGCUGAGAGAGAGGCAAACAAGGCUCGCCUGCACCAGCUCCUUGUAGGGGCUGAGCUAAGUAGAGAGCUUCGAUUCAGGCUUAAGGGGCUUCUCAGGAUGUAUGCAAAUGAGCCAGAGCACCUUCCCGAUUUCCUGGAGUUAAUCAGGAUGAUAAGGGAGGAGGAGGAUUGGGAUGACACUUUUAUUAGACGGAAGCGGCCCAGAUCUGAGUCAAUGAUGGAGCGGGCACUCAGUCCUGUGGCAUUUCAGGGCUCCCCACCAAUUUUGAUCAGCAGUGCUGACUGCAACGUGAUAGAGAUAGAUGAUUCUCCGGAUGAUUCAGAUGAGGACGUGAUCUUGGUGGAGUCUGGGGACCCACCAUUGCCAUCCUCAAGUGCCUCUCCCUUCCUAGGCAGGGCUAUAUCUGAGGAUCAAGUGCUGGUUAUUGAGUCCCCCAACAUUCCUGAGAUUCAGGUUCCUUCCACCAGCAGUGGCUCUGGGCGUAAGAACAAUAGUUUUGUGGAGGUGCGUAGAACCAGGAAGCGAAAACACUCAGUCCACUGUGUCCAUUGUGGUGAGGAGGGUCACUCCAAAGAAACCUGUGACAAUGAGAAUGACAAAGCUCAGGUUUUUGAGAAUCUGAUCAUCACCCUGCAGGAGCUGACACAUACAGAGGAGGAGAGGGCAAGAGAGGCCUUUGGAGAACCCCUUGGCUAUGCUGAGCCACAGUAAGAUGCUAUCCCAGAGCCUCGAAUUAACCCUUCCCUGUAUUCAGAGUUCAAUGAUGGAAACGUUGUGUGGGAGGGAAAGACUUCUAAUCGCAUGAACGAAUCCAAAAUGAUUUUCAUUUGGGGUGGAGAAAGGGCCUUGAACAUCAGUACAGCAGAGAGAAAUGGCCUGACCUAUGCUCGUGUUCCCUGUCCCCACUGGCUGCUUCUAUCCGUGUGCACCUGUCCCCUUGGUGGCUUUAUCCUCUCUGUGAAAGUGCUAUUGUUCACUGUUCAACCUUCAAGUCAGAAGGAAAAUGAUUUCAAAAAGUAAAACUUACCCAGAACUCUCUACCCCCUGUAACAAUUGUCGACCCUUUGCUGACUAUCCCUCUACAUAUUUCUCUGUCCCCUAUGUUCCUAGAUAGAUAUGUGGAUAGACAAAAGUGAUCAAAUAGAAGUGUUGUUCUAUAUGCUGUAUUUUUUCACCAAAAAGUACAUUGUGGUCUCCUUUGUCAAUAAAUAAAUACAUAUGUGUCAGCAUCUA